AUGUCUACCACUUAUGAAUCAGAGGAUGAUGUUUCGAAUAUCUUUAACAACCCUCCCAGCCCUUCUCAUAACAACAACACCUACAUCAACAAUCCAGCAGAACAUGAUCAACAUGAUACCAGUCACGCGAAUAUCUUCAAUCAGACCAAUCAUCCUUCAGAUAAUGAAGUGACAGAUGAGCGGAUGGCAGAUGCAGAUGAUCCAAUCGAUUUACUGAUUGAGGAGCUUCAAAGCUUAUAUCAUCUGAACGAUCACUUUGCUUCAAUUGCUAUGAAGGCUGCUAAACUCCAUGCACAGUGCCCUCCCGAAGAGCGGUUUGUUAGACUCUUCUAUGCAAUCACCUCAAUUUCACAGAGUCUUGAGUCUGUAUCAUCAAAGAGUGGAUCUGCCAAUCAUGCUGUCCGGGACUUCUUAAAAGAUUUCAUCCGCGAAACAGCAAGAUCGUUCGUUGGAAGGACAGACGUGGAGGCAUACACUGCUACUGUUGACAAGCAUUCAGACUCGCUGACCAAAUCCCUUCUUAGGUUAACUAUAGGUGUGGCCGACAAGCAAACCCCUGAAUUCAAAGAGAAGUUUUAUCCAAAAGGAUUUGAAGGUGGCGACCUCAACUCAAACUCGCAAUAUGAUGAAGUAAUUGCCAACUUGGUAAAACACGUUCGAGGACAGUUGAGAGACACCCUUCUUAAUCAGAUUUUGUCAAACAAAAAAGUUCAACCGACUGAUGUGGUUCCUCCGAUUGAAGAUUUGAUCAACCUGAUCAUCAAGGAUCUCCUGCCAAGGCACAAGAGAGCCACUCAGGCGGCGGUCUCAAUCACCUGGAGGCAACACAUUCGAUUCAGUCAUCUUCAAUUGGAGACGGUCUCCCACUAUCUUGGUCAUUAUCCCAAGACUAUCACCCAAUGGAUGUUGAUCGAUCAACGAUUGGAUGAUCUUCGAUGGAAAUCACUCCCCUUCCAGCAGAAGCAUGCCGAGAUGGUCCUGGAAAAGGACAAAUCACUGUUCUCUCAAAAAAAGAACUUCAAGGAUCUUGAUCAUGACAGCAUUGUAAUGCCUAGCAUGCAAGACGUUGAAAAUGCUUUGACCAGAUUGCUUCUUCCUCAGCCCUCUCAAUCGGCCCCUCCUGCUCAAACCUGA